AUGAUCGAAAUUGAAUCUAUAACCAACGAAAUUAAGUACAACUUAAAAAGCAAAAAUGUAUUUAUUCUAAACAACCUAGGCUGAUGAAAUGAUCAUGGACACAUAUCUCUUGGCUUUUCAACAAGGAAGGAAUCCAAAACAGAAUUUUGGAUAGAACCUAGAUUUAAUUAAUAACUUAAGGCAAUACAUUGAUAUGCAAGUGUACACAAAAGAACAGAUUUCAAAUCUCUAUAAUAGGGUUUUGAAUGGAAAUCAAAAUGUUUAAUUCAUUUCUAUUAUUUUAGCUCCUCCAGUUAUGCAACCAAAUCGAAUAGAACACACUUAAGUAAGUCAAUUCGGCUAUUUAGAAUCGAAUAAUUCGAUGACUCUCAAUUCUAACCAAUGAAAAGGGAAAUCAUUUAAAUCAAUUAAAUAUAAUAGAAUUCAUAAAUAUAGAAUAGUUUUAUAUAUGAAGAUGAAGAAGAUAAGAAUCUCCAAUUUGCUAAAAAAAUGUAGUUAGAGUAUAUAUAUUUUAUGUAUCCUUCAGAUUGGAUUCGGAAUACUAGAAGGAGUUGAGUGCUUCUAUUGAAAAGGAAGAGAUAAUAAGAAAGAAGAGGAAAUAAUAAGAGGAUGAAUUAAAUAAUUAAAUUGAAUGCAAGAUUUGUUUAGAAGUUAUCCCCUUGAUUGAAAUGGCAACUUUGCAAUGUUCUCACAUUUAUCAUCAGAAGUGCUUAAAUUAAUUCUGUGUCACUCAGAUUUAAGCACGUCAGUUUCCUCUCUGCUGUCCUGCAAUUGAGUGUAAGAAGAGUAUGAUCUAUUCUGAUUUAACAGAAGUGUUGGAUGAUCAAAGUCUAAUUGAAUUUUAAUAGUAUACUUUCAAAUAAUACGUUGAAAGUCAUGGCGAUGAAGUAAUCAAUCAUCUCAUUAUUAAGUAUUCAUGGUGUCCAACUCCUGAUUGCAAAUAUGUAUUUGUAGCAGCAGAUGCCUAAUUCAAUUGUCCUUCUUGCACGAAAUCAUACUGUCUUUAAUGUAAGAUUGAAUAUCAUCAUGGAUUUACUUGCCAGGCCUAUAAGGAUAAAAUCUAAAAUGAAUAGAGAGCAAAGAAUGAGAAAGUCUUAGAUGAUCAAUUCUUUUAGUUUGUUAAAGGCGCUAAAUAUAAGCAAUGUCCUUAAUGUAAGUUUUGGGUGGAAAAGAAUUAGGGAUGUGAUCACAUGACUUGUAGGUGUAAAUUUUAAUUUUGUUAUGUCUGUGGAGGCGUUUAUGGUAAUUGCAAUUGUAAAAAAAGAAGAUGAAAAUAUUAGUAAUGAUUUUAUUACAACUUUUUCUAAAUUAAUUUAGUGCUAGUCACUAUCUGGCUAUUAAGUGUAAUUUUUCAUAUCUGUUUUUCAGCAUCCCUUUCAUUUUUGGAUCCUAAUAUUUGUGAAAUAAUAAUAUCCGAGUGGUUCAGGUGU